AUGGCAGGCAUCCUCGAGCCGUUUGGUGUUCACAUCGACGCAAGCAACUCGUUCGUGCAGGCUGCUGUCUAUGGCCUCCUGCUCGUAGGCGUUGCAUCUUUCGCAGCACCUGUCAUUAGCACCAUUCGAGUUCUUCUCAGCUUGUUUGUGCUGCCAGGUAAAUCUCUCAGCACAUUCGGACCCCGCGGCACCUGGGCCCUCAUAACUGGUGCCUCUGACGGCAUUGGCAAAGAGUUCGCCCUCUCCCUCGCAGCCAAGGGUUACAACCUCAUCCUCGUUUCGCGUACGCAAUCGAAGCUCGACUCCCUCUCCGCCGACAUCACGUCCAAGUAUGGCCCUAAGAUCGCCGUCAAGACGCUGGCUAUGGACUUCGCGCAGAACAAAGAUGCCGACUACAACAAUAUGAAGAAGCUCAUUGACGGUCUCGACAUCAGCAUACUAGUCAACAAUGUUGGCUUGAGCCACAGCAUCCCAGUACCAUUCAUCGAGACACCCAAGCAGGAGAUGAACGACAUCAUCAUGAUCAACUGCAUGGCUACUCUUCGUGUCACACAGCUCGUCACCCCCGGCAUGGUGUCUCGCAAGCGUGGACUCGUCCUCACCAUGGCUUCCUUUGGCGGCUUCUUCCCUACACCCCUUCUCGCGACCUACUCCGGCAGCAAGGCUUUCCUACAACAAUGGUCCACCGCGCUGGCUUCCGAACUCGAGCCCCACGGCGUAUACGUCCAAUGUGUUCAGUCUCACCUCGUCACCACGGCCAUGUCCAAGAUCCGCAAGACGUCUGCACUCGUUCCGAACCCCAAGCAAUUCGUAAACGCUACACUAAGCAAGAUUGGAAGGAGUGGAGGUGCACAAGGCGUAGCUUUCACGAGCACACCGUACUGGAGCCACGGACUCAUGCACUGGUUCCUUUCGCGCUUCUUGGGUGAGCGCUCGGAUACUGUUGUCAAGGUGAACAGGGGCAUGCACGAGAGCAUCCGGAAGCGUGCCCUGCGAAAGGCUGAGAGGGACGCUAAGAAGCAGUAA